UGUUUCUGUACAUUUAGCAAUCAUUAAUUUUUAACUGGAAACAGGAAAACAGAGACGCAGGCAGGAGAAGUGAACCGCAGGCGCAGACAAGCCUCGGCAGGGCUUGAACUGCCUCUCCACCACCACCAGUUUGGUGUGGACUUUCAAGAUGGAUGCUUUCACCUCGAUAGGUUUCUGUUUCUUUUUCGAUACGGACUAUACAUGCGUUCAUCGCUCUUGCGUGGCAACUGAUGAGCUUUCAUGUUAAAGCGGAUUUAUUUCGCGUGAAACGAUAAAAAUUGGAUUGAAGUGGAUGUUAUUGUGUCUACGUGUUUGGACUGUCGGGUUAUUUUUUUAACUUCCUGGUUGUCGCAUUAAUAUGUCUUUUGAAACUGCGGAUAAAGCUGAAGUUAUUUUUAAAGGCUCACUGGAUGCAGGAUACGUGGGACUCGAUUUUUGCAUUGUAAUGUUUAAAACCAGACACAGCUGUUAUCAUCGAAGGGCAAAGCGAGAACGACAGAUUUCAUAAGUCUUCAGCAAUGGAAAGUGGGAAUGGUUGUGUCUCGGGUAAAGGUGUAUUAGUACCUGUGUCAUCAACUUCUGACGUCUUUCAAAGCAAUAUUUUGGCUCCACUUAAAAGUGCGUACUUGUAUGAGGAGUCUAAGCAGUCCUUCAGAUAUAAGUCUGCUGCCUUGAUAAAGAAUCCCGCAUUGGAAGAAAAGUAUAAUGCUUUCCGAGCAAAGAGGAGACAAGUAGGGUAUUCAGAGGAGGAUCUGGAUGAAUCUUAUGGGUUUUUGCUGUUUGAUGAUGUCAACAAGGCUAAUGCAAUUGGAGAAACUGGUGUGCUCACUGGAAACAGCACAUGCACAACUCUGGGAGAUCCCUCAAAUGGUGUUUACAUAUCAAUGUACUCUGACUGUUUGGAUCUAAAUCGCUGGUAUCAUGGGAAAUCUGGAUAUAUUGCCAUCAUCAGGCUGACAAAGGGUAGAGUUAAACAGGUCUCAGAGAACUACACCCAGAAUUUCACUGCACCCACUGAGGGCUUUGACUGUCAUGUGUCAGAACAGUGGCCUUCAGUUUCAGCCAAAACCAGCUCCUUCCUUGCCUUCGAGAGAACCCAGUAUUACAUGUACGAACUGCUGGAAGAUGGAAGCAAUCAGACGACUCAAUCUCCCAGCGCUGCAUGUCCUUUUGCCAUUGUAUCAUUUUCAUAUACGGAUACCAAAUCAACACUUAUAGCAUCACAGGAGAAAAGUGAGGAAAAAAAACUGGUUUGUCAUUACUUUCCAUGGAAUGGUCAACUUCAAAUAGGCACAAACUUCUAUGAUGUUGGGCUGAGGUCUACAGCAGGGGCCUUGAUCCCUGCAGAACUGCCACCAGUGGUGAAUGUUGACAGAGCCAUUUCUAUGUUUGAUCUGAGACAGCUGUUGCCAAGGGCUGUCUUUGAAACCUGCUUCUCUGGUGAAGUCUUUCUGGAUGGCUUAUACUACAGUAUGUUUGAGUUGGUUUCUUCUAAGGCAGAAGAAAGCAGCUCACUAUUUCUGCUUCUGUGGGAGAUAAAGGAGAAAGAUGUUGCUCUCACUAUUCCGCUUAAGGAUAGUGGUUUUCUUAUCUUGUUGCACUCCUCCCAUUUCCUCACAUAUGAUGAUACUGGGUCCAGUGCAGCUGAGGUCCUGCAAUGCAUGUUUGUGUUUCCAAGCUCACGAGUUAUGCUGAGAGACACAAAAUUUGGACAGAGAAAAUCUGCCAUGUCAUCUGAAAUCCUGCGGGUUCUACCGGUACUAAGUUAUGCAGAGGGCGAAGUUGAGAAAACACCCAUUGACCCAAGUGAAGAACUAUGUGAAGUUUUGGCGCAGCAUAUGCAGAGUUACGCAGCACUGAUAAAUCCUGGGUUGGCAUUAAGUCCCUCUAGGGAAGUCAGCAUCUUUCCAGAUCAGUAUGAUGUGCCGGAUGCCCACAAGCACCUCUACUCAUCCCCGGAGUGGACUAACAGGGCAUGGCAGAGCUUCACAUCAUACCUGAGCAAACCAGUCUCUUUUCAACUGCCAAUGUCCAAGGCUUCAGAAAUCCUGAAGGCUGGACAAGAGGAGCGAAUAGAAGACCUUGAUGAUGAUGUCUACAUCUGUCUGUCAUCUCCUGAGGAGGCACCAGCCAAUUCUGUUAGCAUGGGAUCAGAAGAUCAGUGGACAGGCCAGAAGUCGCCUAUAAAUGAGACUGUAGACAGUUGUGUAACAAGUGCUGAAGCACAAGUUGACUUAACAGUUGUGUCUCAAAAUGUUGUACCAGAGGUUUUGCAAGCUGGAGAUACAACCAACGACCUGACUUUGUUGAUCAAACCUGAUGAUAUGGUGGCAAAAGAUCUCCUGACUCCCUCUACAUCAGAUGACCUUCCAGCAGAGCUGAUUGUCAGCAUCACUUCGGCAGAGCAAACUGUCACUGAGAGUUUAAGUGUGGACAAUACAGACUCUGCAGUAAAGCACAAUGACUUUCAGCUGUCUGGUUUUUCAACAGCCAAAUUACAAACAGCUGGAGUAAACUCUCUGAAUGGUGAAACAGUUAAAACCAAAAAGCUUUUGGAUUGCUCUGAGAUCACCAGUCCCACAAAAGCAAAACGUAGAAAACGACGCAGGGGACAUUUCAAAGGUCGGAAAAAGGUAACUAAAGCCUGUGUUGAAACUCACAGUUUACAAACAGUCGAAAUAGCCGUGGAGGAAGACAACUUGAAGAGCCAGGAGGAAGACCAGGCCAAGGAAUCAUCAGACCACCCACAGUUGAUUAAUCAAAAUAUUGAUUGGAGGAAAGUACAAAGACGAAAGCUAUCGUCAAAUAAUAAAAAAGUGCGAUCUGCUGUAGCAGAGGAUAAAAAAUCCGACCCUGGACAAGAGAGCUUGGAAAGCACCGUUUUUAUGGAACUUGAAGCUUGUCCUUUGAGGAGGAAAACGGAGCGCUGGGACUUGAAACCGGUUACCAGCGAAUGUGGAAGAAUCUUGGUUCCCUUUGGCUCUGCAGAUAUUGCUGAUCAGAUUAAGUCUUUAAAGGAUAAGAUUAAAUAUACAAAAGAUGAACAGUGCCCUGAAAAUAUGUUGGUUGAUGCCCCUGUGAAUGCUCAUGACACAGUCAGAAUGGAGCAAGAUUCUAGCACUGCUUCAGAAACAGCAGUGGAUGAAACAGAGGCCACAACAUCCAAAGAUGAAGGGAACCAUCUUCAAAAUGUUGGUUUCAAUGACAUUAAUCUUGAACAAAGCACUUUGAGACAGUCGGAUAAUGGCAAUGGUUCAUUGAUUUUGAAUCCAGAGAGAAGGGAGCAUUCUUCAAAAAAGGAUAGCACAGACACGCCUCCAUUCUCGGAAGCAGUUAAAGAAAAACAUGCUGAUACCCUCUCCUCAGAAAAGGGUAGAACAAAGGGUGAAUUUCUGUUGAAUAAACUAAAAUCGGUUCUUCUAAGGGGAAAGAGAAAAACGGGUCACCUUGUGUUAGAGGAAACAACUGCUGAUACUACCCAAGAUUCUGGGCCUUGUCCCAAGAUGAGCAGAGUUGACUCAGACACUGGGGUGCUGAAGACUAAUGAUUCAAUUCCGAGUGUCCCGAAUACCAAUUUGGGUGUCAAGGAAGAGGCAAGGAUGUCAGUUGAUCCUCUUUUUGCAUAUGCCCUAGGCCUGACCCCUAAAGAGACACCAGAGAAGAUAAAGAAAACUGAAGGUCAGGACACUCAACAAAGGAAAGACGUAUCAGAGACACAAGAACAAACCAUUCCUGACAAACAACCUGAAGUCAUUCAAAGACCUCUAUCAAUGUUUCCAAGAAGGGGUAGGAUUAAAACACUCAAAAAGCAUCAAGGCAUCUCUGCAGAACAUGUUAAAAAGAAAUGGUGGUUGCAUUUUCAAACCCCAGCUUCUUUUGCAAGUGAAAAACUCAAAAACAAAGAGUGUACUAGGGAUAAUUCUGUCAGGAACCCUGUUAAGGAAAAAAUGAACAGUGCUUGCUCAUCUACAGAUGCUUUGAACUUACUUGCUGACUUGGCACUCGGUGCCAGUAAUGACCAGGUUCCACCACAACCAGACCCAGCACUUGAGAGAAAGCCUGAGACAAGUUUGAAGAAGUGUGACCUUACAAAAGAUGUUACCAGUGCUGAACAAGAGUCAGUUCUUCAUGCUCUGCUUAAACAGCCUGCUGCUAGACCCAUUCAGUCUCUUGAUUCUCCUUCACCAAGCCAUCUUGUGGGAGGCAGUGAAUUGGUUGAUUUGGUAUCUAAAGAACAUGCUUACUCAUUGCCCCCAUCUUCUUUUCUACUAUUGGGUUUGUCAGGUACACCCUUGCAGAUAUCCCCUUUAAGUGGUUCUACCAGACUGCUGCAUCAUCACCAGACAAUGUAUGGCGAUGGAAUAAAAACACUACAACCCUCUGUCUGUCAGGAAGACCGCAGUGAACACCACAUGAUUCCAGAAUACCUGAGUAAACGCAUGGUACGCAGAAGAAAGUUCAGGCACUCCCGUACCUUUGAUAUCAAGAAUGGAUCUGUCCAAGUCACAAAGCAAUGGAGGAGAACUAUGACUUUAAUCUAGACAGCAAGUUUACUAGUGACUCAAAGGAUAGAGCUAUCAUCCGAGCCUUGCAUGGCCCAUGGGAUUAUUCCAUUCAAGACACCAGUGAAGAGGUACAGCUCAUCGUCCACAUGUGGAUAGGUCUGUUCUACAGCCGUUCAACAGAAAGGUUCUUUCAAAUUGACUCGAACUCUAUAAACUCAUGUACAGAAGAGAGUGCUUUUUUGGAAAUGUCCAGUGGAAUAGUGUUCAAGGACAAUUCAUGUUCUCCUUUCCUGAGUGUAAGAGACUCUUCAGACCCUUCAAUUUCAAACGCUUUGGACCUUAGCAAAAAAGUUAAGUCUGGCUUGGACGAAGAAUGUGUUAUUUUGGACUUGUCACAGAGAGACUCCAAUGCAAAGAUUGUCACUUCAGAGCCACAAGUUGACAGAAAACACUUCUGUGGUGGGUGAACUGAAAGAAGCUGGUGAACCAUUGAACACGUUCAAGUCAUCCAUGGGACUACAGGAGGCAAGCAAAUCUCAGUGUUACAAAAAGAUUGUACCCUCUACAGAGAUUAUCAAUGAGGUGAAUGGUGUCAGAAGGAUCUAUGAAAAUAAUGCAACUUGUACCCCUUCACAAAAAGCUGGCCACAUGGAGCACACGGUACCAUCUCUUAAAUGUGAUAAAGCAUUCAUUCCUGUACAGGAAGAGAUGGAAAGUGAAUCCAUUCAGCCAAAAAAACAUGAGACUGCUUCAGGAAUUGGCCACGUGUUACAUGAAUGCAACAAUGAGAAGAAAUUUAUGAAAGAUGGCAUUGAAAAUUCAGAAGCUACAGAGAUGAGUUUAGGGCAAAAUCAUGGAAGGGGUUCUUCUAAAUCCAUGACAGAUGAAGAGGUAGAUUCCAAAAAAGAAGCAGGUGAUGUAAUUCAUACAGGAGAGCAUGAUGAAGUGGAAUCCAAAGAUGGGGAAAACUGGGAAGUGAAUGAAAAGCCAUGCC